CUUUCACGCACCCGCCUGAACAAAUUCAAAAUCAGGCUAUUGGCACACACAAACCCUUGAUUAAUCCCUCUCUGAAAUCGUACCGCCAUUCAAAUCCAGGUAAUAAAUUCCGUUCAAUGUCCGACGACGGCAACGUCUUGUACGACGAACUAUUCUCCUCGUUGAGAUCCGACAUCAAAUCCUACAAUGGCGUCGAUCCUCUCCUCCCAUGGCUCCGUGGAAUAAGGAAGAUGAAAGAGACGCUGCCGCCACAGCUUCUGAAACAGAAACUGCCUCGAUUCCUCCAGAAAUGCGCAGAAACUUUCCUGACUGACCGGCGCUAUUCGAACGAUUUGCGUUACCUUCGUGUUUGGUUGCAACUGAUGGAUUUUCUGGACGACCCAAAAGCUGCACUGGUGACAAUGGAUAAGAAUGGGAUCGGGACGAAGAAGUCUCUGUUUUAUCAGGCGUAUGCUCUUUAUUAUGAGAAGAAGAAGAAAUUUGAGGCAGCCGAGAAGAUAUAUCAUCGGGGAGUGCAAAACCUUGCAGAACCUGCGGACGAGUUGCAGAAGUCAUAUGAUCAGUUUCUUCAUCGUAUGGGACGACACAAAAAUAAGAGACUUCAGCUGCAGGUAGUGAAAAAAAAUGACCGAUUGGUGAAUCAUGAUAUGAAAGAGGGAUAUCAUGACCAUGUAAAGGAAAGUUCUCACCAUGGAGACAAAUUAUCGAGAAAGACGGUGUUGAGUGAUACUGGGGAGCAGGUAAAAUCGAAACAAGACAAGAACAGAAAAUUUUGUGGUGAUGAUACGAUUGUGGUCAAAUUUGUGGAUACGGCUAUAGUUGGGAAAUCAAAUGCAGAAGAUGCACGUCAUCACGGCCUUGUGGAGCCCACAAUCAACACGAAAGAGGCUAUGAAUGCCAUCAACAGCAUGUUCCGAGAGCCAAUAGAGCCACCAAUCGCCGGCAGUAAAUAUAAAAACCAAUCCGCAGGUGAUAACUCCAAAAAUGGAUUUACCAUUUUCACUGAUGAAAUUGUGGAUGCCAAACGGCCGCCGGCCAAACCAUUCGAAGUAUAUGUUGAUGGUGAGCAAACCAAUGACUUCAAAGAGAAAAAAGAGAAUGGGAUAAGUAUAGAAAGGGGAAAAUCCAGUCGUGCUAGCGCAUCUAUCUCUCAUACUGUAUUUGCUAAACCGAAUGAUUUCCCUUCGGAAGGUUCUAGAGAUUCAAAUACUAGGAGAGCCCACCAAGCUGGGUUCAGGGAGGACACAUUUGUUUAUAGAUUCGUGGGGUCAACAAUCUCGGAUGAGCCGGAGGUGGAAAACGCCUGGCACCACGGCCUUGUGGACCCCACCAUUAAUUUGAAAGAGGCCAUGGAGGAUAUUAACAGCAUGUUCGGGAAGCCGAUAGAGUUUACCAGGAAAAGCAGGUCCAAGAAAAUCGAAAAAGUCCCUGAUACGGGGAAAAACGGUGGCGGGUUUCUAAUACUGCCUGAUGAUGAACCGGAAAAUAAUAUUGCUGAAGAUAAUGAUAUUGGUAAACCAAUGAACGACGAUCACACUGGUUUUUUGAUACUUCCUGAUGAUGACUCGGAUGAUCAAGCUGAGAACAACUUGCCGAGCUCGUCCACGGAAAAAGGAAGUGAUUUGUUCGAACAAACAGUGUGCACAAAAGAAGCAAUGGCUGAAAUCAACAAACUAUUCGCAAUGCCGAUGGAUUUCUAAGAAUAUUAUGACACUGGCAAUGGCCGACUGGAUGGGCUUGGCCUUACCUACGUUCCAAGUCCCAUAUUGUUGGCAGGUUUGGCAGUAGACGACGCCCUCGACACCCACAUCGAUGACUUUUUCUGCCGCCGGUUUUGGCGGCUCCGGCAAGUCCGCGGUGGCCGUGCGGGUGGCGAGGGAGAGGAUGAGGAGAGGUAUGAGGGCCAUGAGUUGGCUUCUUGCCAUUUUUUUUCUUUUUUUUUUUUUUCAAUUGNGGAAUUAUUGUCUUCUUGUGAGAAUGUGGUUUAAAGGGAUUGAGUUGGGAAAUGUUUGAGGUUUAUUGGCUAUAUAUAUAUAUGGGUAUUUCAUAUUUGUGGGGGUUUGUAUUUGACUGUAUGAGAUCGACGUGGGGACGACUAAAAAGUGUGUUGAUGGGUUUGGUUGCUUUGUCUGAUUAUUGAGAUUGAGAACGUGAUGUCCAUUUUCUAUAGUUUGUAUU